CGGACAUCUUAUGAACUUCUGUGUACUCAAACACCUACCUCACUCUCUCCCAUCGCUGACUGCUGCCGCCUUACAAAACGUUACACCGCAUCACGGAAAGCCCCAACCCCACAAAGCUUGAGCACGCGCAUCCGCCAAACCCCUGCCACCAUUCCCGCAUGAUCACCUUUUCCCCCUGCCCAACGGUGUGCAACCACCCGCCCUUCCCCCCGACCGUCCGUCACGCCAUCUCAUGCCCGUUCCCGACAUUCUCAAACCCACCGCCAUUCUCCCGAUGCCGGAGCCACCAGGGUCGAGAUACUGCGCUUCACCGUGUGCAACAGCUGUACAGAAACACUCACUUUCCCACGUACGCAUAAGACCCGUGGAUAGACGUGAUCAAAAAGAAUCGUUGGAGACCGGGCUAACCCAAAAAUAUAACUAAGCAAGCGCUAGCAAGAACACCAGACAGUGGUAUAUA